CGGGGGGCCGAGUUCCCCACAUCCGCCGGGCGGGGCCGAAAGCGGGCCCCGCCCUCCCCGUCAGCCAGCCGGCUGCUGUGGCCGUCCGGGGGCGACACGUCCUGGGAGCGCCGGACGGAAGCGCCGCUGGGACUGACACGUGGACUUGGGCGGCGCGCUGCCGGCGGGUCGGUGGGUUUGCGGGGCGGAGCCCGGCUCCGGACUCGCUCAGGCCGCUCCCGAUGCAGCCGUCCCUGGACGAAGCCCGCGGGGCCACAGCCCAGGACGCGCCUUGGUCCAGGCCAGAAUGCCAGGCAUGGACGGGGACACUGCUGCUGGGCACCUGUCUGUUGUACUGCGCCCGAGUCAGCAUGCCCGUCUGCACCGUGUCCAUGAGCCAGGACUUCGGCUGGAAUAAGAAAGAGGCUGGCCUUGUACUCAGCAGCUUCUUCUGGGGCUACUGCCUGACCCAGGUGGUGGGCGGCCACCUGGGGGACCGGAUUGGGGGUGAGAAGGUCAUCCUACUUUCAGCCUCUGCCUGGGGCCUCAUCACUGCAGCCACCCCUCUGCUCGCCCACCUCAGCAGCGCUCACCUGAUCUACAUGACCUUCUCUCGCAUCCUCACCGGCUUGCUCCAAGGUGUUUACUUUCCUGCACUGACCAGUCUGCUGUCACAGAAGGUGCCAGAGAAUGAGCGGGCCUUCACCUACAGUACUGUGGGGGCUGGCUCCCAGUUUGGGACGUUGGUGACUGGGGGUGUGGGCUCCCUGCUCCUGGACUGGUAUGGAUGGCAGAGUGUCUUCUAUUUCUCAGGUGGACUCACACUGCUGUGGGCAUGUUAUGUGUAUAGGUACCUGCUGAAUGAAAAAGACCUAGUCCCGGCCUUGGGUGUGCUGGCACAGGGCCUGCCGGUGUCCAGGCGCACCAGAGUCCCCUGGAGACAGCUCUUCCGGAAGCCUUCUGUGUGGGCAGCCAUCUUGUCCCAGCUCUCAGCAGCCAGCUCCUUCUUCAUUCUCCUCUCCUGGCUGCCCACCUUCUUUAAAGAGACCUUCCCCAGCUCCAAGGGCUGGGUCUUCAAUGUUGUGCCCUGGCUGGUGGCAAUUCCUGCCAGUCUGUUCAGCGGCUUUCUCUCUGAUCACCUCAUCAAUCGGGGUUACAGAACCAUCACUGUACGCAAGUUCAUGCAGGUCAUGGGUCUCGGACUAUCCAGCAUCUUCGCCCUGUGUCUGGGCCACACAUCAAGCUUCUGCAGAUCUGUGGUUUUUGCGUCUGCUUCUAUCGGCCUCCAGACCUUUAACCACAGUGGCAUUUCCGUUAACAUCCAGGACCUGGCCCCAUCCUGUGCUGGCUUUCUCUUUGGUGUGGCCAACACAGCUGGAGCCUUGGCAGGUGUGGUGGGCGUGUGCCUAGGCGGCUACCUGAUCGAAACCACGGGCUCCUGGACAUCUGUGUUCAAUCUGGUGGCCGCCAUCAGUAGCUUAGGACUGUGCAAUUUCCUGCUGUUUGGAAAGGCUCAACGGGUAGACCAGAGUGCCUCUCAUGAGAACCUCUAGCUGGGACCUCACGGCCCAAGGACUAGGAGACUUGGAGAGCUUAGAAAACUAGACAUAGUGGGUUGAGUACAGUAACCCUGCUGAGUGGUGUGAGGCUUGGGGGUGUAGGUGGUGGUGGAAGGGAUGGGAGUAAGAACCCGGCAGCCCUGGGCCAUCAUGUCCUUCUCUCAGGGUUGGUGGGACUGUCAGGUGAGUGGAGCUAUUAUUGCAUGUCCCUUGUGGGUCCCUGAAUAUCUUCAUGAUGCCACCUGCCAAAGUCCAUAGUCAUUGCAGGGGACCAGGCAUUGGUGCCUCAUGGUUCAUUCUUGGAAGUGGGGUUGUUUAGCAGUAUCCCUGCCCCACCCACUGUAUGACACCCUGCUACCCACCUACCCAUCCCCCAGCAAAAGCUGCUGUCACCCAGUUUCCCAGGAGAACCAUCCUGGGGAAAGGAAGCCUGGUUUUCAUGCAGGCUGCUGAGGCUGCUGAUGCCUAAGGUGUUUCUGCUUCUCUGGACAGCAGACUGAUCAGUAGGAUUUAGAUAUUUUCCAUCUUUGGGAACCUGUUCCCCUAGUGUCCCCUUCCAUGGGUGUUCCAGCACCGAGGUCUGCUUCCUUGAUGCCUGGUAACUCCAGCUGCGAAGGCUCCUGGGUCCCUCUCCUGCCUGACAUGCUUCCCUGAACUCAUCUUCCCAUCUCCAUCACCCUCCCUAUGAUAGAGGAGCCAAUGUCUCAUGAAUUUUUAAUAGAUUUUACAAGAUGUCUAUAUAGAGAGAAGCUAUAAAAAUAUGGAAAACUACACCAAAGCUUUAUUUAAAUAAUAAUGACUAUUAAAAUAUUUUAAAACAUGA